AUGUUCCUCAUUGAUCCUGACGACCCGUGUGAUGGACUCUUUUUGCAUCUCGAAUUGACAUUGGUUGCUGCAGCAAAAACCCUUAAAGCCUCUACCCCGGAAGACUGUGCUUGGUGGUGUCCUCUGAACUCCAAAUGUGUCAACGCCACUGCCUGUCGCUGUGCUCAGGGAUUCAGUUCUUCAUCUGGAGAGAUCCUUACUAGCCGCUUCGAGAGAUGUGAUGGUACAGGGGCUUGGAGUGGGCAUACAGAGAUGGUCUCCAGUUUGUUACAAAAAUUUGAUGAUUUCGACAGAGACUUCAAGUCAGGCUCGGAUCCGGACAAGAUCCAGGACCUCAUACAGGGGGUGGAUGACCUGCUGGAGAACCCUGGGGACCUGGAGACCUUGUCCCACUCAGAGCAGAACUCUGUGGCCACUACCCUGCUCCACAAAAUGGAACAUGUCGUCUUCAAAAAGCUGAGCAAGGCCCCACCCAAUGGGUCACUGACCUUUAAUGCACCUGGAGGCACAGAACUGUCUCUGAAGAUAAAGAAGCAAGGAGACAGGAAUGUCACCUUGAGUGUUAAUCAGGCAAAGAUGCUGCUGGACUGGGAUACAGUACAGGAAUCUGGUGACUCAGGUCCAUCUACGGUGGGCCUUUUCUCCACACCAGGAAUGGGCAAGUUUAUGGCUAAAGCCCCCCUAGUUCUAGAAACUGAGGAGCAGUCAGUUCUGAAUGAGACACACAAGGGCAUGUUGCAGGAAGUCUCCCCUGUCCUGCUCUCAGAUGUCAUCUCCGUCUUUGUGAGCAAUAAUAACACCCAGAACCUAAGCUCCCCAGUCACCUUCAUCUUCAAGCAUUCGGUGACCCCGAGGCCAAAGCAGAAGUUGUUCUGUGUCUUCUGGGAGCCUGGCCAGAAUGGAAGUGGUCAUUGGUCCACCAAAGGCUGCUGGAGGGUGGGCACCAGAGACAUCAGCACCACCUGCCAAUGCACCCACCUCAGCAGCUUUGCCGUCCUCAUGGCCCACUAUGAUGUGCAGGAUGAUGAUCCCGCCCUGGCUGUGAUCACCUACCUGGGGCUGAGCCUCUCUCUGCUGUGCCUCCUCCUGGCGGCCUUCACCUUCCUGCUGUGCAAAGCCAUCCAGAACACCUGCACCUCACUCCACCUGCAGCUCUCAAUCUGCCUCUUCCUGGCCCACCUGCUCUUCCUCACGGCCAUCGACAGAACUGAGAACAAGGUGCUGUGCGCCAUCAUCGCGGGUGCCUUACACUAUCUCUACCUGGCCUCCUUCACCUGGAUGCUGCUGGAGGGCCUGCACCUCUUCCUCACCGCGCGCAACCUGACGGUGGUCAACUACUCCAGUGUGAGCAGGUUCAUGAAGAAGUUCAUGCUCCCUGUGGGCUAUGGAGCCCCAGCUGUGAAGGUGGUCAUUUCUGCAGCUUCCAGGCCUCACCUUUAUGGAACACCUACCCGAUGCUGGCUCAGCACACAAGAGGGAUUUAUAUGGACCUUCCUUGGCCCUGUCUGCACCAUCUUCUCUAUUAACUUGGCCUUCUUUCUGAUGACCUUCUGGAUUCUGAAAACCAAGCUCUCCUCACUCAACAGGGAUGUGUCCACCCUCCAGAACACGAGGAUGUUGACAUUUAAAGCGACAGCUCAGCUCUUCAUCUUGGGCUGCACAUGGUGUCUGGGAAUCUUGCAGGUGGGUCCAGCUGCUCACGCCAUGGCCUAUCUCUUCACCAUCAUCAACAGCCUGCAGGGCGUCUUCAUCUUCCUGGUAUACUGUCUCCUCAGCCAGCAGGUCCAGGAGCAAUACCGGAAAUGGUUGAAAGGGAUCAAGGAAUCCAAAGCCAUCUCUGAGAAGUAUACACUCUCCAGCAGGGCUAUGUCUGAAGUCUCCAAACACAAUGUGGAGAAUGAAAUUAACAACUAAACCAGAUGAUCCUGUCUCCUGGAAAAUGAGGAAAACACUGAACUGUCAUCCUUUGGGCAAAGAAUAUAGAAAAUACUUUUUGUAUCUGUUAUAAGUAACUCUUCAUGGCACCAUUGUGGGAGAAAAGUAUACAGGAAAUGUUUGACAUUCAGUUGCUAGAGAAUUGGGGCCUUCUGGUCCACACAGCAUGCUCAGCUCAAUCCCAGCAGUCAAGGAGCUAUGACCCAAUUCCUCAGUUGUCUUGGGUUGAGCUCUCCACUCCAACCUGUUUUUCUUCAAAAGUGUUCCUCAAGUUAAAUAUAUAUAACAAGGAAAACCAUCAUCAAAGGUCUACCUUAUAACAACAUAAAAGAGUAGAGUAAUGUUCAGUUAAAUACCUGUAUUUGGCCUCCCUACCUACAUGCCUUGACUUCUUCACUCUUCAUUUCUAAAGACUUACUAAUUUUUAAUUUAAAAAUAUUUCUCUUACUCACCAUGUGCUGUACACAGAUCAAGACAGAUCCAGUUCCUGAUUUCGCAAAGCUUAUAUGUAAAAAAAAAUGUUAGAGUAAAAUCAAUAGAGUUUCUACAUCCUUACAUUUUAUAAAUUUGAGUUGUGUGCAAUAUAUAUGUAUUAUUUCAUCUAGGCAAAACCCAAUCCAAAGCAAUUUCACCUGGGAUAAUUUCCCUAUGGGUUUCCAUGGACCACAUUUGUAUAAUUUGAACAUAUGGGAAAUGCCUGUAAAUGGGUAUAACAUUAAAAACAUCCAUGAGUCCAUAGUGAUACCUAAAAAUAUCAGCUAAUAAUUGUAAAAGAUGAGAUAAAAUUAGAAAAUUAUGAUUUUUCAAUAUCAAGUAAAUGGCCACUAAAACAAAAUGUAAAAGGCUGUUGGAGGACAGGCUACUCCCACACUGCCAAAAAAAAAACACCUCACAGAUUACUGAUUAAUUACAAGGCCAAAUUUACAAUAGGGAAAUCUGACAGUCACCAUAUGACCUUAAUAAUCAGCUUAACAUUGUCAAUAGUGGGCAACCUAACAUUAACUCCUGAUAAGACAUGACUUUACAACAUCCUAUGUGUGUAAAUAAAGAAUUAUUGACAAAUCAGUCUAACCAAAAUCUAAUCCAGUGUAUCAAUCAAGGGUUGGGAAACUAUAACAUGCAGGCUAAAUCCAAGCAUCUGCCUGCUUUUAUAAAUAAACUUUUAUUGGAACACA